CGAGAGCUGAGUUAAGAGCGAUCGCGCAGAAACGAGAUCGCGUCCCUUCGGCAUCUCCGGCUUGCAUCCGGAACAGAUUUCCAGAAUGUGACGUUAUCGAACCUGUCUCCGGCGAUGUGGAAUGCUCCUUGCAUCCGAUGCGUUCGUUCUGUAGUCUGUCCACACUUCAGCUCAAAAAAAAAAAAAAAACACGACGCAGACCUCUGGAGACAGACAGGGGUCAGAGAGAGACACAGGGACUGGGAACAAAAGAGGAGGGAUUUGCGGACCGGAUAACGCGGUGACAUCAGCUGUGAAAAAUGUGUGUGUGCGCCUGCGAAUGCACAGAAUCCGGCGUGUGAGACCGUAGGGGAGGAGUGGGGAAAAAGGCGUUUCCGUGCUGAAACCGGCCAGAGCUCGGACAAACCGACGUACUGUGAGAUCUGGCUGAAAUAUAUACACACAUUUUUUUUCCUUUCCAUGUGCAGGCCUAAUGCUAAAACGAAAACACAAAUAUUUGAGAAAUUAUAAGCAAACUAUUGUAAUAUUUCCAAUACCAAUCGACGAGUGAAAGGGACUGCAGACUGUCCAAAAGGGUUCGCCUACAUCUCACGCGCGUUGAUCUGAGAGAGACACCAACGGACCCGACUGGGAUUAAACGACACUUCCUCAUUCCCGUUAGCUAGUCGGUCACAGCAUCUCUCCGCCACCGAGUCACGCCUCGGAGUACCCGGAGCCAUGUCGGAGUACAGCUCUAUGCUGAGCGACCUGUCUGAGAUCAUCACCGCGGAGGACCUGGAGAUGCUGAAGAGCGCCUGCAAGGAGGACAUCCCCGAGGACCAGAGCACUGCCAUCACCUGCUCCAACGACUGGUUCAGCUACCUGGAGAAGAACCACAAACUGGCACAGGACAAGCUGUCCUACAUCGAGCACAUCUUCGAGAUCUCGCGCCGGCCGGACCUGCUGACGCGGGUCAUCGAGUACCGCACCACCGUGCUGAAGAUCUCAGAGGACGACGAGAUCGACACCAAACUCACACGCAUCCCGUCCGCAAAGAAGUACAAAGAUAUAAUUCGCCAGCCCUCUGAAGAGGACAUCAUCAAGCUGGCCCCGCCCCCCAAGAAAGCUUGAGGUCAACGUUGGUGACCUCUGCACUGCUCCCCCCUGUUCCUCAGCACCCCCCUCUUUCCCUGUUAUUUACACCCCCACACUGACCGACCCAACAGCCAAUCGCAGCCAGCUAUGCAUAACUCCUCCCAGCACUGUGGGUGGGAAGGAGGAGGGAGAGGCCUAUGUUGCUAUGGUGAUGUCCAAUCAGAAAAGAGGACGAGAUUCGUUUGUUGCUUGACGUCGCUGAUCAGAUGCAGGACUGGGUUGCUGGAUUCGUCCUGCGGUUCCCUGUAUUGAGGCAGAUUAUGUAGACUCUGUUUUUAGACCAACAGACCUACUGGAGCAAUCGGCACAGUUGAAAUUAUCAGAAUUUGGUUUAAAUUCAAUUCAGUUCAGCUAAAUUCAAUUUAUUGUCAUUAUACCAUUCCAGUAUAACAAAAAGUCUUGUUCGCCAGUCUCUCUGGUGCAACAUAAAAGCAAAGUGCAGUCACUGACACAGUUAAAAAAAA